AUGCAUUCGAUUGGCCGCGUACUUGGUGAUCGAAAUGUGCUUUACAAAUACGUGAAUCCAAACCUUUUGGCUGUCCUGACUGCCGGUGGUGAUGCGGCUGCCCAGGCCAAUUCUUUGUCACUCUACCUCAUUGAUGUAGUUGCUGGGCGUAUCGUUCACAGUCAAACACACCGUCGCUGUGGUCAGCCUGUCACUUUAGUUCAUUCUGAGCACUGGAUUGUUGUGAGCAUCCAUAGAGUCUUAGUCAUUUAUAAUAAUGCCACAUAUAUAUUUGUGUAUAUAUAUAUAUAUAUAUACAUAUAA